CUGUGCGACUUCGCAUUUCAUUCUCAAAAAAGACGAGGCCUUUUCAAUGUAGAUAAAUACUCAGCGCCGAUGUGACAGUCGAGUCCGAGCAUCCGCUCGUCGGUCGUGACGUCAACACUAAGUGACCUCCCGGAUGUGCGAGUGCUACACUGAUGCGGCGCUCGUUGCUAACUUGCACUGUAAAUUACAUUUUCUUUCACCCGUCGUGCAACGCUGCAUCGUUCUAUGGUAGACAAAACAUGUUGGCAACAACACGUCUCCAUGUGCUCACCAUUAUUUUCAAAGUUUAACGACAGGAGGGCGAAGGUGACGUAGCUUGUGGAAUAAGCGGUUUGAAAUACGGUACAGAAAACGAAUACGCCAACUGAAACCAUUCUAAUGUGUUGGUACAGUCAAAGAUAAUGCCAUGCACAUCACAUUCAAACGGACUUCAGCCAUGAACUCGACCAUUGUUCAGUCAUAACAAAGCACUAACGCAGCUCUUGCUAGCUUUAAAUGGCAUGUGUAACAGUGCAGAUGCGGUGAGUGUAUCACUGAAGCUGCUGACUGCUGAGGAAAACACUGGGCUGGUUUCUCUGGUGUCACGGUGUGGUGCUUGAAAGGGCGGCAACAAUGCAGGCCAUACUGUGGUGGUGGACUCAGUGGAGUACGACUUCCACCUCCUCCCCAGUGGUGUCCUCAACAAGAAUGCCAUCUCAUUUAUCGGCAACGGAGUGGUGAUCCACCUGCCGGGGUUUUUUGAAGAGGCGGAGAAAAACCUGAUGAAAGGCAAAGGAUUACAUGGGUGGGAACAAAGAGUGAAGAUAUCUGAUCGCGCUCACAUUGUGUUCAAUUUCCACCAGGCAGUCGACGGGAUCCAGGAGCAGCAGCGAGAGCAGCAGGAAGGGACCAGUUUGGGAACUACCAAAAAGGGCAUUGGUCCAGCUUACUCCUCCAAGGCUGCACGGAACGGCCUCAGGAUCUGUGACCUCAUCGCUGAUUUCCAAGUGUUUGAGAGCAAAUACCGUAUACUCGCCAACAAUUACUUGGCGACAUAUCCAAAUCUGAUUCUGGACGUCGAAGAAGAACUGGAGCAGCUUAAGGAGUAUGCAGAGAGGCUUCGUCCUCUAGUAACUGAUGGGGUCUACUUCAUGCACCAAGCACUGUCUGGACCCCCCAAGAAGAUUCUGGUAGAAGGGGCCAAUGCAGCUCUCCUGGACAUUGAUUUUGGGACGUACCCUUGCGUGACGUCUUCAAACAGCACGGUCGGAGGGGUGUGCACAGGUCUCGGUGUGCCCCCAUCACAUGUCGGCAGAGUCUACGGAGUGGUGAAAGCGUACACCACCCGGGUCGGCGUAGGCGCUUUCCCAACCGAGCAAGAUAAUGAAACCGGAAACUUGCUCCAGUCAAGAGGCAGAGAGUUUGGCGUGACAACAGGCAGGAAAAGGCGCUGUGGAUGGCUUGACCUGAUUUUAGUGCGAUACGCUCACAUGGUCAACGGCUUCUCUGCAAUUGCACUGACCAAGCUGGACAUCUUGGACACGUUGCCUGAGAUUAAAGUGGGCGUGUCAUACACAGUGGAUGGAAAAUAUCUGCCAAGUUUCCCUGCAAACAUGGACGUGUUGGCGCAAGUCACAGUGGAGUAUGUGACUCUUCCUGGCUGGUGCUGUAGCACAGAAAAAGCGCGGACCUUCAGCGACUUGCCCACUCAUGCCCAGACCUACAUCUGCUUCAUCCAAGACUUCCUGAAUGUUCCAGUCAAGUGGGUCGGAGUGGGCAAAUCUCGAGAGAGCAUCAUCAAACUCUUCUGAUCCAUCUGCUGUUCUGAUGGGAGCAGCAAAUGCAAACUACAUUUCAGCAUCACCAGCAGGACUGUCAAAGCAGUGGUCACUGCUCCUGUCAAAGAUUCCUUCAUUACAGUUUUUCUAUUGUUUAUUUGGAGGGUUGCUUUUAAAACAUGUGGAUGAUGCCAUUCUUCAGGAAAGCACACCACGUUUCAGCGCGUUGCCGUUCUUUUUCUACGUUGACAAGUCAUGGACUCGUGGCUCGUGAGAGCUGUCUAGUCGGUCACCAGGUUUUCACAUUGUUCUUGACAUUUCACUUUUAAAAUGUGUGACAGUAGUUUUUGGCCAAGCUACAGUCAACAUUUGAAAGCAAAACCAAGCGUGUAAUAAAGGGCUGCGGAGCAGUCAGCAAGGUUGCAUCAAAGAAUGUGGUGGUGUUGAGGAUCUGUGCCAAUAAAGGAAAGAAAGUGCAGUUAGCACUUCUGGAGAAAGUGCAUCAUCAUUGCUCCUCAACACAACUCUGAUGAAGAUUUUGCAAAACAAUUCCAGUCUGAUCCAUCUCAUAUGGUGAUGCAGUCACAAACUCACCUCCACCUCUGCCAGCACUCCUUCCUUUAACUCACUCUUUAGUUAUAAAAGCUUUCAGGACUCGGAUGGAUUAAAUUAACUGAAAAUGGACUCCUUGGCAAAUCGAUGGGAAGUUGCUGGACCACAGAAUAUCACUGACCAUUUGAUGCGUCGGGAAUCUGCACAUCACAUCUGAUCUGAUUUACAGUUCUUACACUUUGAAAUGAGGACGACUGGUGAAGCACUCCUGGCUCUGUAGGGAGACGCUGUUCAACAUGUUCACUGCUCUUCUGCUGACCGUCCCGUUCACCGUAAUCCACUCACAAGUGGGACACGUCUGUGAAAGUGGUUCCUUCUUUACUCUUGUCUUGCAGAUCAGUCUGUCAAACUGUUGAUGUGCGCCUCAUGAGAUAAGACACUUCUUUAUCCAUUACACAAUGGAGAUAUUUGGCUUGGUACAGCAGCAGGGUAAACAUUAAAACAGAAAAUAUAUAAAGGACAUAUUUAUAGCAUACAUUCUCAAGUGAAGUUGACUGAGGAAAAAAUGGAAUUUGUCUUUGUUUUAAAUGAGCUGCUGUGUUUGUUUACAAGGCUUUAAUAAUCCAGGAUCAGAUUUUAGUGACAAAAAAACAAGGGAUCAGAAUUGAAGCGGACAAAAAAUGUUUCCACUCAUCACUGGAACACGUCCACCCUGAUGUCUGUCCUCAUGUGGACAGCUUUGGUAUGUCUGUAGGUUUCAAAACUUGGGUUGAAACAGUGCCACAAUGCAAAAGAAGUAAUGAGAAACUACUGUAUUAUUUCAUGGCUGGGUGCAAGAUUUUUACUCAAGAAUCUUGAAGAUUCUCAUGUGCUUUUA